AUGACUCUGACUAACAAUGUGAGCCUUACGGAACGGGGGCUCCCUGUUGUGACAAUAAGCAUAUUGGGACGGGAAAUGAAAGGGUUACUCGACAGUGGUGCCGAAAGGUCUGUAGCAAGAGAUGAGUUGGUGGACUGGGUAAAGGCUAAGAAUGAGAACUCUGUAAUUGAGAGGGAAGCGUUCAUAAGCGGUAUAUCAGGGACAGUCAUCUGUAGUAAUGAGUCAAUGUUAGUUACAAUAAAUGAUGAUAUGCCAGAAUUAGAAAUUCCCAGAAUGAAAUUUUCUGCGGGAACUACUUAUGAGUUAAUUAUAGGGAUGGACAUUAUUACCAGUUAUCCAACCUUGCUGACGCAAAUACAAAUUGGAAUUGGUUCUGGGCGAUUAGACAUAAAUCGCGACUUUAAUACAAGCAUAAAUAAAGGGGCAGACGAUGGUGAACAUAUAUGGGACCUGGACCAUCUUGAGAAGUGUGUUAAGGAAGGCGUAUUAAGUGUGCUGAAGAAAUACCCCACUGUAGUUGCUAAGUCUAUAAGGAACGUCUCUGGCUCACGUAACUAUGUUCACAGCGUAAAACUAAUCUCUGAUCAGCCUAUUAACACCAGACAAUAUCGUAUUCCUUAUAGUUACUUGCCAGCGCUUAAGCGUAAGGUUAGUGAACUCAUUGAAGCUGGAAUUUGUGAGGAAAGUGUGUCAUCCUGGAACUCCCCUAUACAUGUGGUACCCAAGGACUCUGGUGAGAUCAGGCUCACUUUAGACCUGCGCAAGGUCAACAAAAUAACCGAGCCACAAAUUUUCCCCAUGGCAAGAAUUGACGAUAUUUUGGCUCAACUUGAAGGAAAUCGCUACUUCUCUGUCCUUGAUUUGAAAGCUGGCUAUUUCCAAGUCCCUCUUGAUCCAAAAGUAAGACAUAUAUUUGCAUUUUCCACGCCAUGGGGGAAAUAUCAGUUAUGCAGGAUGCCUCAAGGAGGUAAGAACAGUGGUCGUUUUUUUCAGUAUAUGAUGACGAAGGUGCUUGCAAGGUUUAUCGGGUGUAGUUGCCACGUGUUCCAAGAUGACAUUGUAUUGUUUUCAAGAAAUCUCGAUGAUCAUUUGAAAUUACUGGAAGAAGUAAUCGUCACCCUAAGGGAUGAAGGUUUACGAUUGAAUCCAAAAAAGUGCCAGCUCUUAGCUAAGAAGGUUAGAUACUUAGGACAUAUUAUCGACGCGGAAGGUAUUAGGCCCGACCCUGAAAAUGUGAGUGCGAUAAAAAAAAUUAGACCACCCACUAACAUCAAGGAAGUACGUAGUUAUCUGGGAAUGGUAGGAUUCUUCCGCACUUUCAUUCCGUCAUUUUCUGAAAUAGCGUCCCCUCUCACUGAGCUAACCAAGAAGGGAAAAAGAUUCUGUUGGGAUGCACGUUGUCAAGAGAGUUGGGAUACGUUAAGGCAGGCCAUAGCAAAUCCCCCAGUAUUGGCCCACCCUGACUUCAAUAAGGAUUUCUUCCUCCACACUGACGCUUCAGACCAAGCUGCAGCAGCUGUUUUAGAACAAAUGGUUGGUGAUAGCCUCGUCCCAAUUGGUUUUUACAGUAGGAAGUUCAAGGGGGCUGAGUGCAAUUACUCAACAAUAGAGAAGGAAUGCCUAGUGAUUUUGUUAUCUCUGAGACACUUUAAGCAUCUCAUUUUGGGGAGAAGAACCAUAAUCCUGUCUGACCAUAAACACUUGAGAUUUUUGAGAACUAUCAAUAACGGCAGUCGACGUCUUACAAGAUGGGUGAUGGAACUGGCUGACUAUGAUAUCGAGGUCAGCCAUGUAAGGGGUGCUGAUAACAAGGUUGCAAAUUUCCUCUCACGUAGCAUCAAUGGGGUGAAUCAAUUUGAAAUCGAUUAUAGUACCACAAGGAUCCCCAUGGAAGGAGAAAUAAUUGAAUUGCAAGAUGGUGAUAGCCUGUUCGGGCCCAUCAAAAGAGACAUUUCCCGUGGAAGUAAUUCGGGAAAUAAUUUUCAAGGUUAUACCUUAGUGAUACGCACAUUUACUGGGCAUAAAGAAGCAGUAUGUUGUUUGUGUUUUGUUGGAAAUAAUAAACUUUGUACUGCCUCUAUUGAUACUACAAUAAGUAUAUGGGAUAUUGAUAAGGGCCAUCGAUUACAUUUAUUAAAAGGCCAUAAUCGGCGUGUUAGUUCUUGUUGUUCUAGUCCAUGCGGAAAAUUUUUAAUAUCUGUUAGUUGGGAUAAUACAUUACGUGUUUGGAAUGUAUUAAAUGGAUGUGAAAUAAAUGCAAUAACAAAUAUAAAAUCACCAUUGAAUUGCAUUGCUCAUCAUUUAGAAAAAUCAUUAGUUGUAACUGGAGGAUGGGAUAAAAAAAUCAAAAUAUGGGAUUUAAUAACAAUGACUAGAACUGCUGUCCUUAAAGGUCAUACGUCUUCAAUUCGAGCAGUUGACUUAAAUAAUCAAAUUAUUAUUUCUGGCUCAUUUAAUGGUGAAUUAUUCUAUUGGUCAUUAAAUCAAGGAAUAAAACUUGGUCAAAUUGUGAAUGAUUUAUUUUCAAUUAACUGUAUUACUAUUUCUACAAAUGGAAACUUUUUGAUUGUUGGGAAUAAUAAUUCUACCUUAAAAGUAUGGUCUUAUCAUAGUGGUCACAUUAUUUUAAAGGAGAAAGUUAAGGAGGCCCAGUAUUUAAAUUUCUUAUCUCCAGAAUAUAUUGCAAUUGGAUUUAAAAAUGAAGAAGUGCUCAUUAUUAAUAUAAAAACAAAACGCCAUCAAAAGAAAUUUAUAAAUUCUCAUGAUUCAGUUACUUGUUUGGAAUUAAUUAAAAAUUCAGAAUUUACUGGAUUAAUUGUUGGAACUUACUCUGGAAAACUAAUGCUAGGUGAUUUGACAAAACCAGAUUUUAAAUAUUCUGCUGAUGUAAAUAAACCAAUUACAUCAAUUGCUUCUCAUGAGGAUAAUAUUGUUGGAGGACUAGAUAAUGGAGAUUUAUUUAUAAUUUCUUUAAAUCAUUUUAACCCAACUAUUUUUUCUGCUCAUCAGAGUAGCAUCACUAAAUGUAUUUUUUAUAAAGAAGAUAGAAUCAUAACUGUCAGCAAAGAUUGUUGUCUUAAAAUAUGGUUAUUAGAAGAUGGUAAUAUUACUCAACAAUUUACAUUAUUUGAUUGUCAUAAAGACUGGAUUCUUUCAUGUUCUUAUAAAGAUAAUAUUCUGGCUACUUGCUCUCAAGACUGCACAGUAAAAUUAUGGAAUAUUGAAACGAUGGAAAAUGUCAGUACGCUUACUGGUUUAAAUGCUCCAGUUAAAUAUGUGACUUUGGAGGAUAACUAUGUAAUUGCUGGAACAGUAGAUGGAAGUAUUGGAAUUUGGACAAAAUUUGGUGAUACUGUUACUUCAAUUUCUGCAUUGACUGACCAUAAUUUAAAUUUGGAGCCAGCUUAUAUUUUGAAUAAAGAUGAAAAAGUCUAUCAACAAUAUUUGGCUUCUGUUGAUGAGAAUGAUAUAUUAACUGUAAGGAAACCUUUUAAUAAACCAUUAGUGGCAACAUUGGAAUGUCAUACAGGUCCUGUAACAUCUUCAUGUACUACACCAAAAGAUACUCUUAUUUCUUGCUCAUCAGAUAAAAGUGUAAGAUUUUGGAAAUUACCCAGCACUGAUGAAACAGAGUCUCAGCUAUGUAGCUAUCAUAAAGGAAAAAUUACAGGAAUAGGAUUUUUACCAAAUAAACAAAUUGGAUUUAGUUGUGAUAUUAGUGGUAAACUAAUCAUUUGGUCAUUUAAUUUGAGUGACGAGCAGAAUCCUCUAAUUUAUAAUACCGAAAAAGAAUGGCAGAUGGGAUCUGUUAUAACUACAGUUUGUAGUCAAGCUGAAAGUAAACAAAUUUUAAUUUCUGCUGUAAGUCAAAGAAUUAAAGUAGAAGAAAAUACAGAAAAUAGCUUGGAAUAUUUUGUUGUAGCUCUUCAUCUAACUUCUAAUUCCACACUAAAUGAAUUACAAUCUUAUUAUUUGGAUGAAGAAGUAUCAUCAAUGAAUGCAGGCAGAAAAAAUAUAGUAAUUGGUCUUAAAUCUGGGUCAGUUAUGAUAACUGAUAAUUAUUUGAAAAGUCAAAGAAUCAUUAAAAUGUCAAACAAUUGGAUUAUGAAUAUUGCCUUAUCAAAAACAGAUGAAUUAUUUGUAACUGAUAUUUCAGGAAAUAUUUUAAUGAUGCCAUGCAGAUCAAACAAUGUAGAUNUUAUUUCUUUACUAUACUGCUCCAUAUUAUGUCUGUAUUAUCCAACUUCGUCUUAA